AUGGAUCAAACCAGGCUGCCCUGUGGACAGUAUGACUAUGACCUGCUGGUCAUUGGAGGGGGGUCUGGAGGCCUGGCUGUGGCCAAGGUACUGCUGGCUGCAGGAAGAGACACCUGUACCAGUGACAUUGGUCUUGACCAUGUUGGGGUUAAAAACAAUCAGGACACUGGCAAGAUCUCUGUGAAUGAGAAGGAGCAGAGCAGUGUGGGAUAUGUGUAUGCAAUGGGGGCGGUACAGGAGGGUCGUCCAUUGACCACAGCCCUCUCCGUGCAGGCAGGACGACUCCUCUACGGAGGGCACAGUACCAUGUGUGACUACAGUAACAUCCCCACGGUGAUGUUACCUCCCAUGAAGUAUUGUACCUGUGGGCUGUCAGAGGAGAACGCCAUUCUCACGUUUGGAGAGGACAAUGUGGAGGUGUACCGUAGCUACUACUGGCCAUUGGAGUGGACGGUACCUAGAAGGGAAAGAUGCUAUGCUAAAGUCAUCUGCCACAUACCUGACUAUAUUAUAGUGUGUGUGUAUGUGUGUGUUCUGUCACCUCCACAGGAGAAUGUGGUAGGUCUCCAUGUGAUGGGGCCCAGCGCAGGGGAAGUGUUCCAGGGCUUUGCUGUGGCUCUGAGGUGUGGUCUGAUCAAACAGCAGCUGGACACCCCCGUGAGACUCCACCCUGUUUGUGCCCAGGUGUUGACCAACCUGAUAGUAACUCAGCGUGCCACUGAUGCCAUGAUGGUCAGAGGGAACUCCUGACGUUAGCCCCCUGCUGUCAAUCACGGUUGCCUGUCAGAACAUCCUCAUUGUUGAGUGACGGGCAGCAGGGCAGCUAUCAACCGUCCAAUGACAUCUGAGUCCGGAGCCUGGUUGACAGGUGGGCGGGGACUGACACUGCUGCUGCUGGCCCUAGACACUGGGGUCACUUCCUGUUUACAUGUUUUUUUUCUUCUCUUUUAAACUCUUUCUUUUGCCAUAUUAAUGAACCAAACUUUGAUAUUAACUUGCAGAGGCACCUCUGACACCUUUCAGCUGUGAACUCUGCAGCUCAUAUGAAUACUCAUUAGUCUGUGAUUGUACUGACUUUUAAACUGUCAGUGAUUGUACUGACAGUUUAAUGGCUGCUGAGUAGCGAUAAAGCCCUGUUUGAGCAUUUAAAUACUGUAGAAACACAGUUCAUGCUUUUAUGCAGGGUUCUAUACCUAUGGACUGAAGGGAUUUAAGUGCCGUAAUGUAAUGUAAUGAACAGAUCGAGAUUAAAGUAUUA